AGCGAGAGUGUGCGAUGAGGUGGAGGUUCAGAGAUAUUAAGCAGAUGGCGCCAGACCUCACAGCUGAUCCAGAAACACAGCGAGGAACUACAGUUAUCUGUCACACGUUACCUUCAGCUGUGAAUACGAAGAUGAAUUAUUCAAGAUUUUUAACGAGAACAUCUAAAAACCGUCAGCCGUCUUUGAUUCGUGAAUUAACAAACUUGCUGUCAACUGCCUCACCAGAAUUAGUAUUCAUGGCUGGUGGGUUACCAAAUCCUCAGAUGUUUCCAUUCCAAGCUGCAUCUGUUACUCUGACCGAUGGCCGAACCCUCUCAAUUCACCCAAAACUAAUGACUGACUGUCUACAAUAUGGAGCAACUCCUGGGUAUCCAGCUUUAGUUAAACAGUUGAAGGAGCUGACUCAGAAGAUCCAUGCACCCCCUUGUUGGGAAAACAGCGAUCUGAUAGUGACAGCUGGAAGCCAAGAUGGCCUCUGUAAAGCAUUAGAGAUGAUGGUCAACACUGGGGACUAUGUAGUCACACAAGAACCUUGUUACACUGGUACUUUAGCCAUACUGAAUCCAUAUAAACCACGUUACUUAGCAGUACAAGGAGAUCACGAAGGCAUGAAACCUGAAGCUUUAAAGGCAGUAUUGUCAUGCUGGCAGCCACAAGAUGUUCGCGAUGCAGAGGAAAAUGUUCCAAAGGUAUUAUAUAUCAAUCCAAAUGCAUGCAAUCCUACCGGAGUGUCCUUCACUGAAGAACGACGUUGGGAGAUUUAUAAAAUUGCCUCAGAAUACAAUCUCAUCAUUCUUGAAGAUGACCCUUAUUAUUUUGUACAAUUUGGAGAUAUGAAGGACUUUCCUCCAAGUUUUCUCAGUAUGGAUACCGAUGGAAGAGUCUUAAGAUUUGAUUCCUUUUCUAAAAUUUUGAGCUCUGGCCUAAGAAUAGGCUAUGUGACAGGACCAAAGCCACUGAUUGAGAGGAUUGUACUCCAUGAACAAGUUUCUGUUCUACAUGCUCCAGCCAUGUCACAGGUAUUGGUGAGCGAGCUGCUCAAGCUGUGGGGAAUGGAAGAUUUUUUCAAGCAUACACACAAAGUACAAGAUUUUUAUCAUAAACAGAGAGAUGCUAUGUUAAAGGCUGCAGACACUCACCUGAAAGGUCUUUGUGAGUGGUCAGUACCUACAGGAGGAAUGUUUCUUUGGCUCAAGGUAUCAGGUGUUUAUGACACGUGGGACAUGAUCCUAGAACGAGCUUUAACGAAGAAUGUUAUCCUUGUUCCUGGAAAGGCUUUUAUGUGCGAUACAUCUGCACCAUCCCAAUAUAUGAGAGCUGCCUUUUCAGUUGUGACACCGGAAGCAAUGGAUAAGGGACUUUCAAGCCUAGCAGAACUCAUACGUGAAGAAAUUGCUCGGCAAGAAUAGCAAAACUCAAACAUGAAGAACUUGUUCAUCAAGAGGUUUAUCAGAACUUAUGCAUGAUGAAAUUGUUAAUCAAGAGUUUGACAGAACCCAUGCAGGAGUUUUUUUUUCAUCAAUAAUCUAGCCAAACUCAUUCAUGAGUAAAUUAUUCAUUAAGAAUUUAGAAGAAAUUUUACCAUGUAGUAAUUUGUGCAUCUGGGUAACUGACUUGAAUGUACACUGUUUUAUUAGGCAAAGUGAAAUAUAUUCAUAGUUUCCCCAGUGUAAAUAUCUAGAGGUGUACAGUAUUGUAUAUACAAUAUACUAUACUGUAAUUAGUAUACUAUACUAAUUAAAGGAAAAUUAUAUAUACAGGUAUUUGAAGUGUGCAUUUUGGCAUAUUAAUAUUGAGCGUUCCCAAGCUAGUUGUGUUCAUAAAAUCAAAAUAAUGUGGAUAGAAAAAAGUUGGUCAAUUUAAUAUUUAUUUCUAUAAUGUUUGUAUAUAAUAUACAGUAUUUUAUUAUAGUACUUUGAAAUAAAGUAUUCAUACAUC